AUGCAAAUGAUCAGUGUUCUAUUAGAGGAGUUAGGACAAAUUGAGUCCAAGAAAACUCUGGAUGACCUGGACCUCGAGGUCCUCCUCAAGAUCUCAGCAAAUUGGUUUUUUCAUCUUCGCUUCUGCUUUGAAGAUACCUACAUUUUAAUUCAAGAAGUGGUGAGAGAACAGACCACUAAAUUCAAAAUGUCUUUCAAAUGUGAAAGCAUAGAGCUGGACAAUAAAAUCCGAGAUAGAAUUGAGAGAAAUGCUUCUCAGGGCUCCAAAGGGCGCAUCCCAGAGGGCCUGCCAUAUCACAGAAAUUCAUGUUCUCUGCAGACUCCAGGAAAAACAACUUCGAUGGAACAUUUUGUAGAGGGCACAACUAGAACAAACAAUCCAGAACAUUCUGCAGAGCAAACUGAGUGUGCCCAGUCAUCAGGAAGAAAGAAUUUGACAAAUUCUCUUGAACAAAAGAUAAGGUGUUUGGAAAAGCAGAGAAAAGAGCUCCUAGAAGUCAACCAGCAAUGGGAUCAGCAAUUUCGAAAUAUGAAAACAUUAUAUGAAAAAAAGGUCACGGAGUUGAAAACGAAACUGGACGUGGCCGAGAGAUUGCUGAGCGCGCUGGAGCCCGACCCGCCGCGGGACGCCACCGCCGAGCCGCCGCAGCGCGCAGAGGUGGGCGCGCGCCCCAGCAUCCCCGGCCAGAGCAUCCGCGACCUGCGUCUGCAGGACACGCACCUUGCAGGGAGAUCAAAGGAAAAGGAAGGCGUACAUAAAGAAUUACAUGACUUGAAGAAAGAGAAUAUGCUUUUGAAGGAAAAAAAUGCUCUUGCAAACAAGAAGAAGGAACAUUACGAAUGUGAAAUAAAGCGUCUCAAUAAGGCACUUCAGGAUGCCCUGAAAGUGGACUGUUCUUCAUUUCCUGAGCAUGGUUUAGGGAAGUCUGAGAUGGACUGCAGCCAUGAGGACCUAAGAACAGAAAUGGAAGUUCUCAAGCAACAGGUACAAAUAUAUGAAGAAGACUUCAAAAAGGAACGGUCAGACCGAGAGAGACUUAAUCAGGAGAAAGAACAGUUACAGAAAAUUAACCAAACCUCACAAUCCCAGUUGAACAGACUACAUUUUAAGAUAAAAACUUGUGAGAUGGAGAAAGAAAAACUAGAGAAGCAAUUAAAACAGAUGUAUUUUCCAACCUGUACUUGCAAGUUGGGUUUUCAGCAGCGGGAUCCGGGUGUACACAUAGGCCCUCGGACUGUGCGGGAGCCAGAGAAGCACCCUCCAGACUAUCAGUGGUAUGCUCCUGACCAGUUUCCGCCAGAUGUGCAGCACAAAGCAAAUGGUCUCUCCUCAGAAAAGAAAGUCAAUCAGUAG